AUGAAUACGGCUGCGCGCACGACCCACAUGGAUCUAAGUAAAGCUUGCACCGCACUUCAUGGGAUUAGAACAGCGGUCUGGUUUGUUGCAGACGCGGCUAAUGCGGCCAUUGAUUGCGGUGGACGGCGCAACUUGAGUCCGACACUGUACACCGCGACUCGCUCGAUGCUAAUUCCUGCGCGCUUAGGCCAGACGCACUUCCAGUUCCGUUUGCAUCAGCAG